AUGUCCAAUGACCCAGCCCCAUCCGAGCGCAGCAUCUCCCCCAUGUUGUCAACCAUCGCGAUCAUGCCCGACCCGGAACCCCGCUCCUACUCGCUCUUCCCUCAGGUAGGACCCAAAGCGCCGCGAGAAUGGGGGGUGGACGAUCUCGCAGCGUUCAAUAUCCAGUUCGUAGAGCAGGACGCCACUGCCUUCUACGGCCCUGAUGUGGACCUCGCACCGUCUUCCAGCGUACCGCGGGAGUUUCUCACCGCCGAAACCUCCCGCGAAGCCGCGGAUCCCGAGAGCAAGCGCCUGCUCCGAUACAUGGAGUUCGUUCGAUCGGUGAACAUCGAUGACGGCGCUUGCGUGAUGUUCCUCAUGCGCCUCCUCGAAGCCAUGGGCUAUCCACAGGCCGUGGGCGACGACGCUGUCUUUGUAUGCGAACAUGAAUAUCCGUUGACGAUGUAUGGGCAGCGCUUCACUGGAAGCUGCGCCAUGUCUAUAGACGCUGGCGAGGGACGCUAUCCCGUCAUAGUGCACUCAAGGACGAUGCCCGUUGGCGACGUCGACCCUCGGCACCCGCCCGUUCCGCACGCGAAGAUUGUAGCCAUGGCCAUCGCCGACUAUCAAUACCAGGCAGAUCUUGCCCAUAGAUCCAGCGUACUCCUCCUUAAUUCUGAAUACCUGCGGCACGAUCAUGCUCCGCGCACGUAUGCGGCCAUCAUGGUCACCGGCACUUUGCCCGUCUUCUUCAAAUUCACCAUCACAACACAGCUGGCUCGGGCGGUUGCCGAGGGAUCAAUGAUAGAUCAUCCAACGGUAGUUCAAGUUUACGCACCUCCGGUGACGAAAACGAACAUCCUCGAAACCGUAGCCUCCCGGUGUGAAGACAAUAUUGGGCUGUUGGGAAGAAGGAGGCUCAUAGUGGAAGCGUCGCUGUCGAGCUCCGGGAGCGCGAGCCCUGCAUCAUCCGCCACGCAGCAUGCCUACGAGCCGUUCAACUUCGAACGAUGGCGCUCACCCGAUGUCGGGCCUCCGCUGCCGCUCAUCACCGAGGCGACUUCUCCGAAACGACCGCAAAUUGUCUACGUUCCAUCCACUCGGGCGCAGUCUACCCGGCCUGCGUCGCGGAUCUCCUGGCGUCCCCCGAGCCCGAACGUGUACAGAACUCCCAAGGCGCCCGCGGACUGGGGCCCCGGCGACCUCGCGCUCUACAACAUCGUCGUGCGCGAGGAGAAGGCGGACGCCUUUUUUAGCGCCCUCGUCGAUCCCGACCUCACGCCAUCCGUGCCCUCCGAGGUCCUCACCGCAGCGUCCUCGCGCUCGGCCUUCGACCCGGCCAGCAAGCGGCUACUGCGCCACAUGGAGAAGGCGCGCAUGCCCCUCACGGAUUACGUCGCCGUCGACGACUUCCUCAUCCGUCUGCUCGACACCAUGGGCUUCCCCGAGGCCGUCGAUCCCGGCGCGAUCGUGCUCCCGUGGCGGCCGAUCCCGGUCACGGUCGCCGGGUCCAACUUCACCUCCUCGGUCGCGUGCGCCGUCGACGCCGGCAACUGCGAUUACCCGCUUCUCGUGCACCCGCUGGCGAUGUCGGCCGCGAACCCCGGCCUGCGCGUGCAGACGAGCCACUCGCAGGCGAUGCUCGUCGCGACCGCGAUCGGCGCCUACCAGACGAGCACCGCACUCGAGUUCGUCGCCGCUGCGGUGCCGACUUCGUCCGGUCCGCUGCAAGACGACGUGCCGUCACGGACGUACGCCGGCAUCUUGUGCGCAGGCACGUUGCCGACCUUCUACAAGUUUACCGUGACCGCGGAGCUGGCGCGGGCGGUGGCACAGGGCAUGCCGGCACCGCAUCAGACGGUGGUUCAGGUAUAUAUGCCUCAGGUCACCAAGCGCAAUAACACGAAUGUUUUUGCGACAUGCAUCGACGAUACGAUGAUGUCGUUGGAUCAGAGACGUCUUGUACUGGAAGCGUAUGAAGCCUUCAAAAGACACGUCGUUUCACAGCUGCGGGAGUGAAGCGACCAAAUGGGUGUUCCAUGGUGAUCAUUUUGGACGGUUGCCGGAGCAUCUCACAGACCAUGUUGGACUGCACAGUGAUUUCGACUUGAUCGUUUGUACUUGUAUCAAUUUUUAUACGCUGCUAUGUCAUGUUAGGAACGCUUGGCUAUGUCCGCC